GAUAUUCGUUUGUAUCCCACACGAUGCCAUUCGACAACACCCACUACGGCCGUAUAAUUGGAUAAAAAGUGUCACAACGCUAUGCUACAUAGCAUAUAGCAGACGUAACGACACCGUGUUAAUAUUCUUCAAACUGAACAGACGGGAACUUUUACAUUGCAUUUAAUAGACUGUACCAAAGAUGGAAUAUUGCAAAACUCUUCAUUUCAGUUUUUCACAAGUAAGCCUAGUUCUACUUGUUUUAGCGACUUUAAGCAGUUGUUGCUUUCUUCGAAAUUGUCCACCAGGAGGAAAGAGAAGCAUGGAUAUUAUGUCACAGCCCGCAAAAGAGUGUAUGUCGUGUGGACCCGGUCUACAGGGGCAAUGUGUGGGGGCCAAUAUUUGCUGCGGACCUUUUGGUUGUGAAAUGGGUACAUCCGAGUCUAGUGUGUGCUCAAAAGAAAAUGAAAGCACUACAGCAUGUGCCGUGUCGGGGCCUCCUUGCGGAAGUCGGAAUCAAGGGAACUGUGUAGCUGAUGGCAUUUGCUGCGAUUCAGGUGCGUGUUCAUUUAACAACAAGUGCAAAUCAAAUAUUGAGCGGAGAGAUGCGCAGAUUUUUUCUUUACUUAAAACCCUGGGCUUGCUGGAAACGAAAGCAUACAACAACGGUGGCAUGCCGUGAGGUUACCACGCAGUUCAUACGCCAAUUUUCUUCCCCGCCAGAUUUUUUGUCAAUAUUUGAAAAACAAAGAGUGUUUAUAGUUCGUAAAACUUGUAAAUUCGACGACGAUAAGCUCGUGCUGGCCAUAUUGUCUUUCUUCCGGUGUUUGGUAUACCCGUGUGAAUGUUAUUGCACUCCGGCGUGUCUCCAUCAUGAUCUUUCGUUCUACGAUUGUGAGAAACAUUCCAAAAAUGUCUUAGUUUUAUACAGCUCAGUAACAUGUAUCUGAAAACCCGUUGGCCAUGUUUUGGAUACGUAAACACUACAUGUUUUUCUUUCUGAUCUCGACGAAAUAAAGCCUUAACACUUUUUAA